CCUGUAGGCCUGGCUGUUGCCCCUGUAGGCCUGGCUGUUGCCCCUGUAGGCCUGGCUGUUGCCCCGGGGCUCUCAGGACCGUUGGCCGGGGCCAUUGUUGGCCCCUCAGCCUCGCCCGGAUAGCAGGGUGCGCAACCCUCGCAGCACCGCGCAGGAUGAUCUGCAUUUUGCUGGUUGCCGGACACGGGACCCUCCUGGAGAGCCACAUUAAGAAUGAUCAAAGCGGACUCUACGCUUUUUUGGAGGACGUCCCAAAGGCUCUCCUGCCGGGGGUUGGCGGGAAGAAGAUCUUGGAUUUCUGGUGGAAAGCAGUAAACACGAGGCAGCUGUUCAGCGAGGUUUAUCUCGUCACCAACGCAGAUAAGUACAAACACUACGAGCGCUGGGCCACGGCCAACGACUUCCCGGUAGAAAACAUCAUUAACGACGGGACGACGACGUACGACGCCAGACUCGGCGGGGUGGCGGAUCUGGAGCUGGCCGUUAGCAGCAAGAAGCUGAACGAUGACAUCAUGGUGAUCGCUGGCGAUAUGCUCUGCGCUGACCAGGACUUGGAUUUGACUCAGGUGCUGAGAUUCUUCCGGCUGAAGGAAGGUGAGCUUGCAAUCUAUUAUGAGAUGGAGGAAGGGGAAUGUACGUCAUCCAGGGGGAUAGUGGAAGUUUGCCCGCACUCUCACCGAAUUACCCGUUUUUGGGAGAAACCUGGCCCCGGAGAGACGGAUUCGCGCAUGGCCAGCGUGGUCUUUUACUGUUUCCGGAGGGAGUCUCUGCCGGCGCUGCGGACAUUUCUGGACAGAUUCCCGCGGACCGAGGAGCGGGUGCUGGGGGGAUACAUGGAAUGGCUGAUAAACGUUGCCGGGGUCCCGGUGUACGGAAUGAAAUUACCCACCGGCUUCCAGCUCAUCGGACAGGUGGGAUUGCCCGACUACACCAAGUGCCUCGCUCAUUAUUCCACCAUGAAGACCCAACGGACGGUGAAGACGAUCACUCGCCGCGCAUACGCGAGGAUCGGGAUCGUCGGGAAUCCGUCUGACGGAUACUUCGGGAAAACGAUCUCCAUGAGCAUCGCCAACUUCUGGGCCGAGGUCACCAUAUCCGAGAGUCCCACGCUGGUGCUGCUUCCCCAUCCGCUGAACGACCCGACAGAGUUUGGAAGUUUAUUGGAUUUGUUUUAUAUCAGCAGGAAGGAGGGGUACCUGGGGGGCCUCCGGCUGCUCCAAGCCACCUGCAAGAAGUUCUACCAGUUUUGCUCUGAGAAGGGCAUCGCUCUGUCCAAGAAGAACUUCACCCUGAAAUAUAACGUGAACAUCCCGCGGCAGGUGGGCUUGGCGGGGAGCAGCGCGAUCGUUUCUGCCGCUCUGCGAUGUCUCCUGGAGUUCUAUAACCUGACCGACGACGAUCUGCCGAAGUCUUUGAGGCCAAAUUUUAUCCUGGAUGUUGAAAAGGAGGAGCUGUUUAUAACGGCGGGGCUGCAGGACCGCGUGGUGCAGGUUUACGAAGGCCUCGUCUACAUGGACUUCAGCAAAUCCAUAAUGGAGAAGCAGGGCUUCGGACACUACGAGCCGAUGGACGUGACCUGCGCGCCCCCCUUCUGGCUCGCUUACCUGAGGGACCCGAGCGACUCCGGAGUCAUUCACAGCGACGUCCGGCAGCGAUGGCUGAACGGUGACCCCGACGUUGUGGAGGCGAUGCGGUUAUUUGCAGAACUCACCGAUAACGCCAAAGAGGCGAUAGAGGGAAAGAACUGGACGCUUCUGGCCGAAUUAAUGAACAAGAACCUGGAACUGAGGAGAUCUAUCUUUACCGACGAGUGUUUGGGGCGAGGAAACCUGCGAAUGAUAGAAAUCGCCAAACAGCACGGCUCCGCGGUGAAGCUUCCUGGCAGCGGCGGCGCGGUGAUCGGACUGUGCUCUGAUCCGGUGAAACUGGUCGAGCUGAAGAGAGCGUUUCAGGAAAGCGGGUUUGUCUUCUGCCAGAUUGUUCCCUACUGCCCGACCACCUCUGCCGGACGGCAGGACCAGCCAGCCAGCUAGCGGAAAAUGACCGGCGGAUCCUCCCCAUUUUAUAUCGCUUUGUACCGGUUUACAGUAAACGACGUGGAAAUCU